AAAUACCAACACCAAAGGUGUGCAACUGCUCAUCCGAAUGGGACACCAACCUCUCCUCAAUCGGGAUAUAGGCUUUAUCUUAUCUCUAAAGCACGCUGUCAAGGUAUUAGCCGGCUUGGAGAGAUGUCAGAUGUCGACCAACCGGGCAGCAUGGCACCCAACGAGGCCAAGAAUUAUUUGGGAUUUGACUUUAGUACCCAGCAAGUCAAAGCCAUUGUUGUGAAUGAUCGCCUGGAAGUUCUUCAAGAAGCAGCUGUUCAGUUUGACAAUGAUCUUCCUGAAUACAGAACCCACGGAGGUGUAAAUGUAAGAGGAGAUGGUGUAACGGUAACAGCUCCGACCAUAAUGUGGGUGAAGGCCCUAGACAUGUUGAUGGACAAACUUCGGGUUGCUGGUGCAGACUUUUCCACCAUUGCUGCGGUCUCGGGAACAGGUCAGCAACAUGGGAGUGUAUACUGGAGACGCGGAGGAGAAAAGAUAUUAGCAGAGCUACAGCCAGAUCGCUUCCUUCAUGAUCAGCUAGCAAUGGCAUUCAGUAUCACAGACUCACCCAUCUGGAUGGAUUCCUCAACCACUGCACAGUGUCAAGCUUUGGAAGAGGCUGUGGGUGGACCACAGAAACUCUCAGACUUGACUGGUUCCCGGGCUUAUGAAAGGUUUACAGGCAAUCAGAUUGCUAAGAUUUAUCAGAGGAGGAAGGAAGCUUACACUAGCACAGAGAGAAUUUCGUUGGUGAGCAGCUUUGCAUGUUCCUUAUUCUUGGGUUCGUAUGCACCAAUUGACUUUGCAGAUGGCUCAGGAAUGAACCUCUUAGACAUCAGUACUAAAACUUGGUCACAACCUUGUCUUGAUGCUUGUGCCCCAGAUUUGGCAGAUAAAUUAGGUACUCCAGUGCCUGCGUCUGAGAGGGUCGGGAAUAUUGCUUCCUAUUUUGUAGACCGAUACAGCUUCAAUCCAGACUGUGCUGUAAUAGCUUUCACUGGUGAUAACCCAUCGUCUCUUGCUGGCAUGUGCUUGGAACCUGGAGAUGUCGCUGUUAGUCUGGGAACAAGCGAUACACUCUUCCUUUGGCUGGACACUCCAAAACCCAAGUUGGAAGGGCAUGUCUUCUUAAACCCAGUGGACAGCAAUGCAUACAUGGCUCUCCUGUGCUUCAAGAAUGGAUCUUUAACAAGAGAGAGAAUCCGUAAUGAAUGUGCAGAUGGAUCGUGGGAUCUCUUUAAUCAGCUGCUGGAUAUGACGCCUCGGGGAAACUUUGGCAAUUUGGGAAUGUAUUACGAUCAGAAGGAAAUAACCCCGGAACUUGAAGGCGUGUUCCGUUUCAACAAAGCUGACGAGCCAGUGUCUCGCUUCACAAGCCGUGAGGUUGAAGUAAGAGCUCUAGUAGAAGGUCAAUUCGUAGCCAAGCGUGUUCAUGCAGAAAACUUGGGAUUUAGUAUAGGUACUGGUGCAAGGGUUUUGGCAACAGGAGGAGCCUCUGGCAACAAAAGUCUCCUACAAGUUCUAGCUGACGUCUUCAAUGCUCCUGUAUACACUAUGGAUGUUGCCAAUUCUGCCUGUCUGGGUAGUGCAUACAGAGCUAAGCAUGGCCUGUUGGGUGGCAUAUACAAGGAGGUUAUUAAAGGCCAGACCUUCACAUUGGCUUGCAAACCUAACUCAGAUGCUGAUAAGGUCUACACUGCAAUGGUGGAACGUUUUGAUCACCUUGAAGCUUCACUAAUGAAAGAUACCAAGUAAGACAUCCCCAAAAUGGAUCAGGGAAAUUGUGAGAAUUUAGAAAAA